AUGGAAGUGGGAGAGAAACAAGCCACUGUCGCCCCUGAUGCUUCUGCCAACACUUCACCAAGGUCUAUGGAGGAACAAACUGUCACCUCACCGGGGAACGACCUUCACGCUUCGGCAUUCAAAAGUCUCGGUAUACUCGAUCAAUUCCUAGCUCUCUGGAUAUUUCUAGCUAUGGUCGUCGGCAUCCUCCUGGGCAACUUUGUUCCCAACACUGGCCCAGCUUUACAAAGAGGUGAAUUUGUUGGAGUUUCGGUCCCCAUAGCAAUUGGCCUCCUUGUUAUGAUGUAUCCAAUUCUGUGUAAAGUUCGCUUCGAAUCACUGCAUCAAGCGUUCCGCCACAAGUCACUCUGGAUCCAGGUUGCUUUCAGCAUCCUCGUCAACUGGAUCGUGGCACCACUGUUGAUGCUCGCUCUUGCUUGGGCAUUCCUUCCAGACGAACCAGCCCUCCGCGAAGGCCUGAUACUAGUGGGCAUCGCUCGCUGUAUCGCCAUGGUUCUGAUCUGGACUGGCCUAGCUGGCGGUGAUAACGAGUAUUGUGCCAUUUUAGUGGCCAUCAAUUCCGUCUUGCAAAUGGCCUUGUUCGCGCCCUUGGCUCUGCUGUUCAUCAAAGUCAUAAGUCACUCUUCGCACGACAUCCAGAUUGAAUAUGGAGUUGUUGCCAAAAGCGUGGGCGUCUUUUUGGGCAUUCCCCUUGGGGCCGCCAUACUGACAAGACUCACAUUGAGGUCUUUGUGCAGCGAGGUGUGGUAUGAUACCAAAUUCUUGAAGUGGAUUGGGCCUUGGUCCCUGAUCGGCCUCCUCUUUACUAUCAUUGUCCUCUUUGGAUCUCAAGGUCGGCGCGUGGUGCACCAAAUUGUCUCUGUCGUCAGAGUCGCUGCUCCGUUGUUGGUAUACUUUACUAUCAUCUUCAUAUGUACACUCUGGGUGACCAGGAGACUCGGAUUUGGUUACAAACUGGCUUGUACGCAGAGCUUCACCGCUGCAAGCAACAACUUUGAGUUGGCAAUCGCCGUGGCAAUCGCCACCUUUGGUGUGGACAGUGAUCAAGCUUUGGCCGCCACUGUUGGCCCACUGAUCGAAGUCCCGGUCCUAAUCGGCCUGGUUUAUCUUGUCAAGUGGUAUGGCCGGCGGCAGCGAUGGGAGGCCUAG